AUGGAACGAGAAAAUGUCAUCGAGUGUACUUGUUACACAAAUUCGGUUGAAGAAAUUGAAAAUCAAAAUCGAGGUCAAGGGAAAAAGCUGAAGAAAGUUCGAGCUGGAAAGCAUGGAUAUCGAUGGUGUCGUGACGUUGAUCCCCGCCACACGUAUUUUGGUUAUAGCUAUGGUAGACAUGAAAGAGUAAGUUAUAAGGGGGAAGAAGAGAAAAAGAUCAAGAUUACAGAUACCAAACGUAAGGAAGGCCUCGCUGAAGUUACGGACGCUAAAAAAAACGUUCCGGUUUUCGAGAAAAAGUUGGGAAAACUAUCUCUCGACUGUUGUAGUGCUGUUGGAGGUAUGACUAUUAAUGUUGAAACACUGGGUGAGGACAAAGGAAAAUUCCUUGUUCAAGUGGUGUCACAUUCGUCUAAGGAAGAUACCGUUCUCAUUGGUGGAGUUGUUUGCGAAAGUGUUUACGUUUGUUUGGGAGUUAGUCAUGCGAUUGUGAAUGGACGGGCGUUUUUCGUGGAAAAAGUAGAGCGUCAUAUAAUAGAACCCUCGGGGAACAUUCACCAAACCCUGCUGGUCCUUACCCUCAAGGGUUACGUCGUAAGCCAGGAGUGGGCGAAUAAUAGUUACAUUAUACAUAUAAACCCAUUGUUACGGGUUAUCCCCGAGAGAGACGAAAUAGAGCCCCACGAGCCACUUCGUGAAACUUGGCGAGAAGACUUACAGUUAUUGUCGGACUACUUAGACUUUAAGUCUACGAGGUCUUCCGAGGGCGCCCGCUAUGUUUCGGAGCAUGGGGAGUUGACAGGUACCAUUCGUGAUUACCUGCAGGCGUUGCUAUUGCUUCGGCCAAAUGACGCUCUACACUUUACCAGACACUACUUCGGAGCCGCGCUGUCGGCACUCGACCUGCCUCAUAACGAAUUCUUUGACUCGUCGACGAAACACGUUAGAUAUUAUUUCUUCGAGGAA